UGAAAAAAGCAGUCACACGUUUGACCCACAACGAAAAAAGCAUCCACCACAGGGGUGGAACUUAUCCUCUACACCAACACACCUGAACCACCAUGGCAAUCCACGUUAAAGGACAGUUGCCCAACGCUCACUUCCACAAGGAUUGGCAACGUUAUGUUAAGACCUGGUUUGACCAACCUGGUCGUAAAUUGCGUCGCCGUCAAGCUCGCCAAACCAAGGCUGCUAAGGUUGCUCCUCGUCCCGUUGAGGCUGUUCGUCCUGCCGUUAAGCCACCUACUAUUCGUUACAACAUGAAGAUCCGUGCUGGCCGUGGUUUCACUCUUGAAGAACUCAAGGCCGCUGGUGUUUCUCGUCGUGUCGCUCCUACCAUCGGUAUUCCCGUCGACCACCGUCGUCGCAACCGUUCUGAGGAGUCCUUACAACGCAACGUCGAGCGUCUCAAGGCUUACCUUGCCCACUUGAUUGUCUUCCCUCGCAAGGCUGGUCAACCCAAGAAGGGUGAUGCUACCGAUGUUUCCGGUGCCAAGCAAGCUGAUGCUAGCGCUCUCUUCCCCAUCACUCAAGAAGCUGCUGAGGAAGCCAAGCCCAUUACUGAAGAGGCUAAGAAGUUCCAAGCUUUCAACACUCUUACCAACGAGCGUGCUCAUGCUCGCCACCUCGGUGCUCGCAUUGCCUUCGCCAAGAAGCGUGCUGAAGAAGCUGAGGCUAAGAAGAAGUAAAAUGUUUGUAGUAAUUGGAUCAGUUUGACUUGGAAUAUAGGAAUGCAUGGAUCUUGUAAUUUCUCAAAAA